AUGAGUGACGCACAGGCUAACGAAGCCGAGAAGAACAUCGAGAUAUGGAAGGUCAAGAAGCUCAUCAAGAGGCUCGAGGCCGCUCGUGGUAACGGCACAUCCAUGAUCUCCCUCAUCAUCCCCCCCAAGGAUCAGGUCUCUCGUGCUGCAAAGAUGUUGGCUGAAGAAUACGGCACGGCGUCCAACAUUAAGUCGCGUGUCAACCGGCAGUCCGUGUUGUCAGCCAUCACCUCCACCCAGCAGCGUCUCAAGCUGUACAACAAGGUUCCUCCCAAUGGCCUGGUCGUCUACUGUGGUGAAAUCUUGACUUCGGAGGGAAAGGAACGCAAGGUCAACAUCGAUUUCGAGCCCUUCAAGCCCAUCAACACCUCGCUCUACCUCUGUGACAACAAGUUCCACACCGAGGCUCUCGCCGAGCUCCUCGAGUCCGACCAGAAGUUCGGCUUCAUCAUCAUGGACGGUAACGGCGCGCUCUUCGGCACCCUCAGCAACACCCGAGAAAUCGUCCACAAGUUCUCGGUCGACUUGCCCAAGAAGCACGGUCGUGGUGGUCAGUCCGCCCUUCGUUUCGCCCGUCUGCGAGAAGAGAAGCGUCACAAUUACGUCCGCAAGGUCGCAGAGUUGGCAGUCCAGAACUUCAUCACCAACGACAAGGUCAACGUUGCCGGGCUCAUCCUCGCCGGUUCCGCCGAUUUCAAGAACGACUUGAACGCAUCCGACAUGUUCGAUAACCGUCUUGCUUCCAAGGUCAUCAAGGUUGUCGAUGUGUCAUACGGUGGAGAGAACGGCUUUAACCAGGCCAUCGAGCUGGCCUCGGAGACUCUUGGCAACGUCAAGUUCAUCCAGGAGAAGAAGCUGAUCGGUAAAUACUUCGAGGAAAUCAGCCAGGACACCGGCCGAGUCUGCUACGGUAUCGAGGAUACCCUCAAGGCUCUGGAGCUCGGAGCUGUGGAGAUCCUGAUCGUCUUCGAGAACCUCGAGAUCACCCGUUGGACCCUCAAGGACAGCAACGGAGCUGAGUACCUUGUCCACACCACCAAGCAGCAGGAGACCUCGGGCGACCGCUCCAUGUUCGUGGACAAGUCCUCGGCCUCUGCGGGUCAGGAGAUGGAAGUCGUGAACCAGGAGUCCUUCCUCGAGUGGAUUGCGGAGCACUACAAGGAUUUCGGCACGACCCUGGAGUUUGUGUCUGACCGAUCGACCGAGGGCAACCAGUUUGUCAAGGGCUUUGGUGGAAUCGGAGGCCUUCUGCGCUACAAGGUCAACUUUGAGCAGUUGCAAGAUAUCGACGACGAUGAUGACUACUACGACGAUUGA